AUGGCACCAGCCCGUUCCUCCAGGCGCCCCCACCCUGACCAACACCAACACCAACAACAGCAAGAUGGACCCACAACAAACGACUCAACAAAUCCUGAUCCCGCCUCGCCUCUCUUCCUCGACCCGAUGAUGGGCACACCUCUCACCGUCUACAUCGAAAAGGAUGUCCACGACAGGGACAUCCUCGUCGAGCUCGUCACGAAAUAUAGCGGGGCUGUUUCACCUGGUUACAGCGGCACUCCUUACAUCCUCGUCGACCCAUCCAAAGAGUCUGGUCAGAAUCUCUAUAGACAGUAUGCUGGCAAGAAAGGCAAGAUUGUCCUGGAUGCUCGAUGGAUUCAUGAAUGCAUCCGCGCCGGAGCAUUGCAAACCUACCACACCAAUUAUGCGGGCUGCAAAGUGACUGGUCAAGAAAAGGUCAUAUCAAUGACUGCUACUCCUUCCCAAGAAGAUUCCUCUGUCGCGCGCACAGGCCCAUCUGCACAGUCUACGCCCCUUCAGCCACAGGCCAUUCAACAACCUUCCGUUCUACCCACUGUUCCUCCUGAUCAGCUCGUGCAACCAUCAAAUACCUAUGGCUACCCUGUCUAUAGUCACCCCCUGCAAGCUGCCCCCCGCACAAUGCCGUCAGCUUCUACGGGUCCUCAGCCGUGGCAAGGACCCAGUGUGAUUGCCCCGCAACAAACGCAUAUGGCUCCACCUCCUGCCCCGGGCAUGCUUUCGCGGCCGACCAACCCUUAUCGAGAUGACUCGUGGGGAACCGAUUACACUCAGCCACCACCGCCAAAUAUGGUUGGCGCCCCUACCGCAGCACCUUACGACUACCGCUACAGGGAGGAACAGCCAGAGUGGAGCACUCCUGCCGGCCAAUAUUCUUCGUAUGAGCCAGCACCAUUUGAGCAAUAUGGACCACCAGCUCCAUAUGUGCCUGAACCGGGGCCUUCAGCCCCGGCUGGUCCUUCCGCAUCUCCUCCCGAUGUGGCUGAAAAACCUCGUGGGCGGAAGCGGACCCGGAAUUCAGGAACGCCUACCACGUUGCCUUCUGCACUCGUCCUAAAUCGCCGCAACCCUACUGCUCGAUCGCCUACGCCUCCGAGAAGAGUUAUCAAAAGUACAUAUGGCGGCAAUCUUUUCACAUCAGACGAUGUGUUGUACCUUAAAAAAUAUAUCGACUAUUGUCAAGAACAAGGUCUAGUGCUAAGUCUCCGCGAAAUAUGCGAACGUGUUGCAGUUAAGGCCCCCCAUCAUACGUUUUACUCAUGGCGGAGGUAUUGUAAUAAACACCAGAUCCGUCUCGGUGGAUACUCGAUGGACACCGGCGGUCAGAGUAACUCCCAAGACGAUCAGGAUGGUGAUGAAGAGAUUCAGAUUCACAGCGGUGCAGCGGCUAUCGCAGCGGCUCAGCAGCGCCUUCAACAAGAAUCGCAUCAACCGCGGAAUCGCUCGCCUACACCUCCACGCGCUCUUUUCCGUAGUACUACCGGAAAGGGUGUCGCGUUCACAGAUGAAGACGUAGGCUUCUUGGUCCGGUUCAUGGAGUACCGAAGAUCACAAGGCCGCCUUGACAUGGUGGCCUUUUGGAAAGACGUUGCAGCGAAGGCGCCUCAUCACUCCCGAGCAUCUUGGAUGAAGUUCUGGCGGCGUCAUAAACACGAGCUGAAUAGGAUGGAAGGAGAUGAGCCCCUGCCUCAACCUCCCGAAAAGAAAAUGAGAUACAGUCGAGCUGAUGACAUUUUACUCGCGAGAUAUUUCUAUAACAAGCCGGACGGUACUUCAGACAGGAUCUUCCAAGCAUUUGGUAGGAUGUAUCCCCAUCAUCCUUGGAAGGGGUGGCAAGAGCACCAUCGUAUCCACAAGGCCAAGAUUGACCACUUGAUAUCAAAGCUAGCCAGCGGGGAGAAUAUUGAAGGGGACGAAGAUUUUACUCAGACAGACGCCUAA